AUUAUAUGUUGUAAACCUCAGUGAGUUGGAUGACAUAUACGGUUCAUGGCGUGUGCAUUGGAAUAGUAAAAUUGACCUCCACAAAACUGACAAAAUAUCGGUGCUGGUAGUGAUCGUGAAUCGACUGUAUUGUGUCAAGUCAGCGUAAUAGAAAAAGAUGAAGACUCAAAUACCGCCAUUACCCUACUCAGAUAAAACGUAUAUAGGAUUAGGGCUCUGGCGCUGACAGUACCAGCAUGUUUUGUGUUUUUCGCGACAGCCUGGUACUUAACGGAAAGUCAUGCAUGCCGAGUUUUAAUUUGCGUAUUGUUAACACACGACAUCAUUGUGUACGGUAUGAUAUAUGAUACAUCAAAAAAAGGUUUGCGCUGGAAUACUGGAAGAGUGACAACUGCGUGAGAUCGACUGAGGACGACAUAACGUCUGCUUGUGAGAAGUUUUCCCGGGGAUGGUUUAGAACUGAAUCAUGGACAACACCGAAGAAAUGAUGUUCCACACUCGGUUAAAAAUUUACGUGCGACCAUCUCCAGUGAUACAUCAUUGAAUGGGAUGCGGUGGAGUAACGCUUGACUCUGUAUUCACGUCGCCACUGAAGCCUAACAACACAACCGAAGACUGGUUUAUUGCCAACUUUCUAGAAAUAUUACGAAGGGACGUCGAGUUAUUCUGGAUAUGUCGUGGUCAUUGAGGAGAAGGAACAAGUAACUGCGAUUCGAGUCUUCAACUUCAGCAUCGGAUGCAUUCGUCCUGUCGUUGUUACGUCAGCAUUGGAACGUAACAAGCUAUCGUGUUGUGUGAUACGCACAGUAGCGUUGGAAUAUGUGAAGGACCCAAAACAACUGACUCGAUGACGGCAAGAUAACUUUACUUGUGUGGAGUUCCAAGACUGUUUGAUAGUGGAUGAGGCUGACAUUCUCCGACAGGGGAGGCAAGAGAUCGCCCCGGGUGGACCAACAAACAUUUCUGGACGGUCUUGCCGAUAAAAAGACGCUGCAACGUCAUCGCCAAACCUGCUGUCGUCACGCCACAAGAGACGAUUAUUGAGAACUGAUAGAAAUAAACUGGAACUUCCAAAUUGCUUGUGGAACUUAACUAAACUGUAAUCUACAAGUUCAAAGAAAUGAGCGGAGCCGCAGGAGGAUUUUUUUUGACAUGACGCAGUUACCAAGGUACUUGGAGAUAAGUGUGCUCCUCGGCUAGUUCUCGAUCAUCCAAGUGCGGUGUUGCGCUACGCAAGAAAGUGGAUUAAGACUAUUGGAUAUGUUUCUGAAGCUAUACCAGAGAUUUGAUUUUCAAGUCUUACUGUACUGACAGUGUGCUGACAUCGGCCGAAAUAUGUAGGCUUCAAUUUGCUGCGCCUAAUUUUGUUAUGGAUCUGUAAUUAAGUCACUUAAACCGACUGGAUAAAGCUUGGAUAAACAAUGAGAAAGUCUGUAAAUUAGAAAUACGUUCGAUGGUGCAUUGAGGAUUUUGUGUUCAAGAAAGACAGCCAUGUUUUUCCAGCAAACCCACACGGCACGUAACGCCGUGGACGAGGCAGAAGAGAAUGAGUUGGACGGGUAUUAUUUGGACCCACCGCCGUGGUUUAUAGCGGGCAAGAAGCGCAUGUCCACGGCCAGCGCCUUCAGCUCACGGUCCCGCCGAAGUGGUGGAAAUAUCAGCGUGAACAUCCCAUCACCAACGGCUAGCGUGGAGUUGGCGCAGCCCAGCGAGAUCCCACCACGCCGAUCGGGGGACUACAGCCGCCAGACCUCGGCAGCGCGGAGCAGCGGCAGCCUGCCGGCCCGCCGGGGCUUCGCCUCCACGAAGCCCCAGGGGAAUCCCGUCUGGAGCCGCAUCAAGAUGGUUCUCUCCUCCUCCCUUGGACUGUUCCUCCUCAUCCAGACUUACUUGUGCAUCGGGGCGUUCUGCUUCAUGUGGCUCGAGGCGGACAAGGAGGACAAACAGAUGAAAUUGAUGGCGAAUCAGCGGCUCGAAGUGGCCGAGAAAUUAGUCAAUUGUUCCGGUAAUGUGAGCUGCCACAACCAGCUUCUGAGGAAAUGGGAAAAGGAUCUGAUCAACUUUCCCCAUAUCUACCUGGAGAUCGAUGGACAAGUCUGGUCCUGGAUCUAUUCUUAUUACUGUAGCUUUACCAUCAUAUCAACAAUAGGUUACGGAAACGUCACCCCUCUUUCAGUAUUUGGUCGACUCUUUGCCGUCGUUUACGCAGUGGUGGGGAUUCCUCUGAUGUUGUUGUUCAUUACAGAUAUAGGUAACAAAUUCGCUCGCUGGACCAAGAUCGCCAUCAUCAAAUUCCGGAAGUGUAAAUACAAACUGUGCAACUAUUGCCAAGAGAGGAGACGGAAUGAUUUGGGGAAGUCGAAUACGGGACGGGAUGAGGCACAGGCGGAUGAAGGAGGAGGAGGUGAUGAGGUCCGUGAUGAGGAUGACGGUCGUGAGGUUGGAGGAGACGCCUCAAGUUUGAGAGACGGGGGCUUGAGGGCCUGGAACAUCCCCGAGGUCCACAUCAACAUUGCCAUGUCCACAUUGGACGAAGAGGCCUGGGAGAUGGAGACCAAGGACAUAGAGGGUGCUGUCGGCGAGGAGGAGCGCUACCACGGAUACAGGGACGCAGGGCUGCACGUCUGUCGAGACAACAGCGAUUACGGCGGGUCCAGCACGGGAGUCGAAGCCUGCAUAAUCGACACCAAUGAUAAUGCUCCUGCAAUCGUGCCCAGCGCGACUCUCGAAGUGCCAAGGCCUAGAGAAUCGGUUACGGAAAGUAUCGAAGACAGUAAAGAGGUUGAGAUUGAUCCCUACCUCGGCGGUGGAGAGAAGUUGGACUCUUCGCCCAACGAGAGGGCGUCAGAUUCUUCGUCUUCGGAUGCGUCAACAGAUGACGUCACAGUGAGUGUUGACACUUUGAAGGACAACCAACCGUCGGUUAUAGAGGGCGCCGAUUCCAGGGAAAGAGGAGGCACGACGGUCGACAACCAACAAACGGACGUGACAACAUCAAUGACUAACAACCCAGAGUCUUUGGGAGUUCGGAACGAUGUAUGUGAAUAUGAGCCGAGUGACGUCUUGCAUACGUCACCACUCGGCAAGGAAACGGCCAUUGGUGAAAGUACAUGCGAUAAAUGCGGACAACCUAUGCAAAAUGCUCGACACGUCAAAACUGACGAUGUCGUAGAAUCCGAGUGUUCAAACUCUGCCGAGGAAAAAGGAAGAAAAACCGAACUUGCCCUGGACAUCGACAGCAGAGUAGUAGACUCAGCAAUAACAAAGACAUUUUCUACUGAUUCGUUAUCUAUGGAUAUAAAAACAAGACCCCCGCUUUACGAAUCACUGUUGUUGAGAAAGGAGGAUGAAAUUCCACAAAUUAUGGCGACGUACUUCCGUCACGAUUCACUCAUGGACGAUCAGCAUGUCAACGAACUAUCCAGACAGAAAUCCAGAUCUUUAGAAGGCAUCAACACAUUUAACGAGGAGAGGACCGACACGGAGCCUUCCCGUCACCGGCCGGCUAUCAGGGGGACGCGCACCCGCCGGACCUCGGCUCCCAACGUCAGUUUCCAGACCAGCAUGCCCAAACAGAACGGACGCUUGCCCAACCGACACUUGGAACGCUGCACCGAGCGCGACGAUGACGUCAUCAGAGACGCUCACGAGGCGGACGAUGACGCGGACGGUGAUUUCACAGACAAGCCUGCCACGGAUUCCGGGGUGGCGUCUUCCACUUCCAACUCCACCGAGUGCUCCCCGAAGCGGCGACCAAACUCCAUCCACCUCACGGUCGGGGACAGCUCGGACGAUAACCAGGCGCGGCCGGAUGACGUCAACAGCGACGAUGACGUCAUGGACUCCGAGGAGGAGAAGAGCUUCGAGAAGCUCCGUCAGCUGCGCUUCGGCGCCGCGCGUCCGUCCAUGAUUGGACGCGAGUUGAUGCGCGUAUCCGAGGCGGAUAUCGCCAUGCUGAGCAUCCCGCUCUGGCUAGCCCUCCUUUUGCUCCUGAUGUAUCUCCUACUAGGAGCCGGUUGCUUUGCCGCAAUGCAGAAAUGGAGUUUCAUAGAUGGUUUCUACUACUCUUUCAUCUCACUUAGUACCAUCGGAUUCGGCGACCUGGUCUUCCUACCUCAAAACCUCCAUGCCGGACUCAUAUUCUCGUUUCUGUACUCCUUCGUUGGUCUCUGCUUCACUUCCAUGUGCAUGAGCCUCAGUUCAAUGGAGCUAACACUGCUCUCGCGCAAGAUUGCGUCGAAGUUUGGCGUGUACCGGGGCCGGAUACGGAGCUUGAGAGAGAAGCGAUGGACCAGUCGUAGGCGACGGGCUAUCCGUGCAUCGUCACCGGAAAGAUGACAGGAAGGGUUAUCCCCAGGACAAAGAUAACUGAGUACAACUGGAUUCGAACCUGUUACCUUGGAAUGCCGUACCGUUGCCUAAUCUGAGCUGUCGGGACAAUUGGAAAAGCUGAGUUGGUCAAGCACUAAUAUGGUAUUCCUGAGAUCGAAGGUUCGAAUGCAUAACUUGUAAAAUGUAAAAUACCUUGUUUACUGUUCAAAUAACUACUUGGCAAUUUUACUUUUAAUGAACAAAAACCAAUAAGGAACUGGGGCCACCUCGGUGAAAUGUUUAGCACAAAACUUUGCUGAGCGCAGAAAAUGUUUUCUAAACCAUAAAUGGGUCAUCGGUCAAACUGCCAUGCAGGGUUCCUUGCUAAUGCUGCGUCUGUUCCCAGCGGAACAUUAACUUUUGCAAUCAUCAAAAAACAAUCUACAAAAUUAUUAAGAAAUACGUUUACUUGACUACUUAGGUGAAUAAUAAUCUCAAAAAUCACAGAAAUGAUGGCACCUGGUGUAGACUUUUUUGGUAUCAAUUUCCAACGAUGAUCGGCCGACUGACUUUUUCCCCAAAUACCUCCCUCAGUUUACCAUUUAGUUAGUCCAAAUUUUUGUUUGCAAGCCAGCUAGUCUAGUUCCCGGACCUGACAAUUCUCUGACGUCUAUAAAUUGUUUCGUCUGAAGAAGAGUCUGGGAACCAGACUGAAGAAGGGCAUUUUUUCUUGGUUUUCCCAGCAUUUAUGGACACAAAAUCUAAUCGGGCCAGUGUAACCCUGUAUUUGCUACUUUGCUAUAAAAUACUCGCCCCCAAAUCCAUCCAUUUCUGAAAAUUACAACAAAAAGAAAUGUUGUAUAAACACGUUAAUAUGCUAUAAAGCCAUAUGUUCUUUUUUAGCAGGGCCAUCAAACUUGGACCAAACGUCAUGGUGCUGGCCUGCUAAGCACACGAUUUUCUGCUGACACAGCCUCUAGGCCAUCAGCCUGGG